AUUAUAUGCUUUAGGUAAUACUAUUUAUGGUCAAAUGACUGCUGGUAGUUAUUGUUAUAUUGGUCCACAAGGUAUUGUACAUGGUACUACUCUUGUUGUUUUAAAUGCAGGACUUGGUGGAAUGUCAGGAGCACAACCUAAAGCAGGAGUGAUUAGUGGAUGUAUAACAGUAGUAGCAGAAGUGAAUGAAUUAGCAUUAAAAAAGAGAUAUGAACAAGGAUGGUUAUUAGAAAGUGUUGGUAAUGAUUUAGAAAAAUGUAUUGAAAGAAUUAAACAAGCACGUUUAUUAAAACAAGUAACAUCAAUUGGAUAUUUAGGAAAUAUAGUUGAAUUAUGGGAAAGAUUAGCUAAUGAAGAUGAAUUACUUGUUGAAUUAGGAAGUGAUCAAACAUCACUUCAUAAUCCAUAUCAAGGUGGAUAUUAUCCAGUUGGUUUAACAUUUGAAGAAUCAAAUCAAUUAAUGAAAGAUAAUCCAAAUGAAUUUAAAUUAAAAGUAUCAGAAAGUUUAAAAAGACAAGUUAAUGCUAUUAACAAAUUAGUUGAAAAGGGAAUGAAAUUUUGGGAUUAUGGUAAUUGUUUUUUAUAUGAAGCUAAUAGAGCAGGUGCUGAUAUUUGUAAUCAAGAUGGUAAUUUUAAAUAUCCUUCCUAUGUACAAGAUAUUAUGGGUGAUAUAUUUUCAUUGGGUUUUGGUCCUUUUAGAUGGGUAUGUUUAUCUGGUAAUGAAAAAGAUUUAGAAGAAACAGAUAAAAUAGCAGCUCAAGUGAUUGAAAGAUUAAUGAAAAAUCCAUCACUUGGUGAAAAAUCACAUUUACAAUAUCAAGAUAAUUAUAAAUGGAUAGUACAAGCAAUGGAAAAUAAGUUAGUAGUUGGAUCACAAGCAAGAAUAUUAUAUUCAGAUAUAGAAGGUAGAGUUGAAAUAGCCUUAGCAUUUAAUAAGGCAAUUAGAGAAGGUAAAAUUAGUGGAUCAAUUGCAUUAAAUUUUCUAACAGUUCCAAAUCCAAAUUCUAUUAAUUUUGAAAUAUUAUUUGAAUUUAAUAAUACAUUACUAAUUGAUUCUAAUGUAUAA